GUCUGAGCCCUCCUGCUUGCCCAGCAGGCCAAGGGAGGAAGCCGCCCGCAGCCGGAGCCGGCGCCUAGCCGGGGCGAAGCUGGGUCCGCUAGGCUGAUGUACUUCAAGGAUGCAGCUGUUGCUACUGGAGAUGUGUGGCACCUUACCUGAGUCGGCCCAUGAGGCCAUGUGGCCGUGAUGUGGGCCCCUCAUGGCCUCAGCAGGAACAGGGCACUACAGUAGUCUCCGUCAGGGAAACAGCUUUAAGCAGAGUGGUCCCUUGGUCAAAGUGCCUGCCCCGUCACCUGAGAACUCUGAGAGCAAAGUCUGGGGUCCGGUUCAUCAGCAGCAGCAGGUGAAACCGAUCUGGAAGCUGGAGAAGAAACACGUGGGGACUCUUUCAACAGGGUUGGAUCCACGCCUCUUGAGUGUGCCACCCCAGCCAGCAUAUUUCUUUUGCCCCAGCACUUCAUGUAGCUCUGGGACCACAGCUGCCCUUGCAGGCCACAGCAACUCCUGUUACCUGUCUUCUCUCCCGGAUUUGUUCAGCAGUACCCUGCUGCACCGCUGCUCCAGCUGUAGACACAAAGCAUACCAGCCGCUGCAGUCUUUCUGCUUUCGUUCAAGCUCAUCAGAAAAAAGACCUUUUUCUCUCCCUCAAAAGAGCCUCCCUGUCAGACUCACUGCCAAUAAGGCCACUUCCAUGGUCUCCCCUAUGGCCCAGCCCAUGGCAUCCUCGUCCACAGAUCCAUACCUCUCACUGGGAGCCGCUGGGGAAAGCCCUUCAGGGAAGAGACUGGCCUCUGCCAUCUCAGGGAAGAUCCCAUCUGUACUCUCUUCCCCUUCCUCCUCCUACAAGCCCAUGCUAAAUAACAACUCCUUCAUGCGGCCAAAUAGCACUAAAGUGCCUUUCUCACAGGCCACAGAGGGCCUGAAGCCAGUAUCCUCACCCAAGAUCCAACUUGUCUCCUGGCAUCAUUCAGGGGGCACUGGAGACUGUGCAUUCCAGCCUAUUGAACACAAGGUACCCAAGAGCAAUGGCAUUGUCCUACAUGGUGCCCUUGCCCAUAGCACCCGCUCUACCCCUAGCUGUUUAGAUGCUUCUACCACCAGUGUUGCCUCCCGCCAGUACAACCAGAGUAACUUAGCUGUGAGGAUAGAACCACAUCCCUGCAGCCUAGAUGGCGCCUCUGUUUCCCAGGCUCUGACCACAGAGGUUCAAUUCACUGAGGCCGUGAGGAAGUUGACUGCAAGAGGCUUUGAGAAGCCGAGGCAAGGCUCCCAAUUUGGACAGUCUUGUUUUAUGAACCCCAACUUGCAGUGGGAUCUCCUCAAUAGGAACAGGCGGUGGAGAUCUAUGGUUGGCCAGCAGUUCCCUCAUGAGGGUGCUGGAGCCAACAGUAGGAUCCUCCCUGGAGCCUCAGAUACCUUGGAGUUGGACAGUACAGUCUUUUGUACCAAACGCAUCAGCAUUCACCUCCUUGCCUCACACACCAGUGGGCUCAGCCGCAGCCCUGCCUGUGGAUCUGUGAUUGACUCCCCACCACCUGGGAAAGACAAAACUCCAGUUCUGCCUUCUCCCCGUCAGUCUUUUGGCUUAACCGAUGUGGCCACCUGCCUCUCUUCCAUUCAUCUGGGCCAGCUUGGGAAGGAAGGGCCUAAAGAAGCCAGGGAGCUGGAUUCACCUGCUAAGGGUGUUAGUUCAGCUACUGACCUCCAGCUAGACCAGGCUGAGGCUGAAGAUUUAGAAGAAGAGCUGGUAGAUGGUUUGGAAGACUGCUGCAGCCAGGAUGAGAAUGAAGAGGAGGGAGACUCCGAGUGCUCCUCCUUCAGUGCUGCCUCUCCAAGCGAGUCCAUAGCAGUGAUCUCUCGGGACUGCAUCAAGUCUCUGACCAAACCUCUUUCCAGUGAGAAAGUUGUCCGACCAGCCCUUAUCUACAGUCUCUUUCCCAAUGUGCCUCCUACCAUCUAUUUUGGCACUCGAGAUGAGAAAGUGGAGAAACUUCCCUGGGAGCAGAGGAAGCUGCUCCGGUGGAAGAUGAGCACAGUGACUCCCAACAUUGUCAAGCAGACCAUUGGACGGUCCCACUUCAAAAUCAGCAAGAGAAAUGAUGACUGGCUGGGCUGCUGGGGUCACCACAUGAAGUCUUCUGGUUUCCGAUCCAUUCGGGGGCAUCAGAAGCUAAACCACUUCCCAGGUUCAUUCCAAAUUGGGCGAAAGGACCGGCUGUGGCGGAACCUGUCCCGCAUGCAGAGCCGCUUUGGUAAGAAGGAGUUCAGUUUCUUCCCCCAGUCGUUUAUCCUGCCCCAGGACGCCAAGCUCCUGCGCAAAGCCUGGGAGAGCAGCAGCCGCCAAAAGUGGAUCGUUAAACCACCAGCAUCAGCUCGAGGCAUUGGCAUCCAAGUCAUUCACAAGUGGAGUCAGCUCCCCAAGCGAAGGCCCCUUCUGGUACAGAGGUAUCUCCACAAACCCUACCUCAUCAGUGGCAGCAAAUUUGAUCUGCGAAUCUAUGUUUACGUCACCUCCUAUGAUCCUCUGCGGAUUUACCUCUUUUCAGAUGGACUCGUUCGCUUUGCCAGUUGCAAGUAUUCCUCUUCCAUGAAGAGCCUUGGCAACAAGUUCAUGCACUUGACCAACUACAGUGUCAAUAAAAAGAAUGCUGAGUACCAGGCCAAUGCAGAUGAAACAGCCUGCCAGGGCCACAAAUGGGCACUGAAGGCUUUAUGGAACUACCUGAGCCAGAAGGGAGUCAAUAGUGAUGCCAUCUGGGAGAAGAUAAAAGAUGUUGUUGUCAAAACCAUCAUUUCGUCAGAACACUAUGUGACCAGCCUGCUGAACAUGUAUGUGCGGCGGCCUUAUAGUUGCCAUGAGCUCUUUGGUUUCGACAUCAUGCUGGAUGAGAACCUUAAGCCCUGGGUCCUGGAAGUCAAUAUUUCCCCAAGCCUCCACUCCAACUCUCCACUGGACAUCAGCAUCAAAGGCCAGAUGAUCCGUGACCUUCUGAACCUGGCAGGCUUUGUUCUGCCCAACACAGAGGAUAUUUCCAGCUCCAGCAGCUCCAGCAGCUCCACCACCAGCCUGCCCAGCUCCCCCAGGGACAAAUGUCGAAUGGCCCCAGAGCAAUUCACUGCACAGAAGUUGAAGAAAGCCUAUUACCUGACCCAGAAAAUUCCUGAUCAGGACUUCUAUGCAUCUGUCCUGGAUGUCCUGACACCAGAUGACGUUCGGGUUCUGGUCGAAAUGGAGGAUGAGUUUUCUCGCCGGGGUCAAUUUGAACGAGUUUUUCCUUCUCGAAUCUCUUCUCGCUAUCUCCGCUUUUUUGAGCAGCCACGAUAUUUCAAUAUUCUCACCACCCAAUGGGAACAGAAGUACCAUGGCAACAAGCUCAAAGGAGUAGAUCUGCUUCGCAGUUGGUGCUACAAAGGCUUCCACACGGGAGCCAUCUCAGAUCCUGCUCCAGUGUGGUCUCUCCCGACUGUCCCAAAGGGUGACGUGAAGCUCAGCGCUUUCUCCAAAUCAGAGAUUCACAACCUGGGGAAACCCAGUUCCUCAGAAGACAGUGAGGACACCGGUGGAGAACUCCGCCUCUCCAUGCAGAUGUCACCUGUGAGCAAGAACUCUGGGCGGACUUUGAGACUCUCUGCUUCCCCCGCCACCCAGUCAACUGUUGACUCCCUCCUGGUUGCUGUGAGCCCAUGACUGGCCUCUUCCCACUAGCCCCUGCCCAGGAGCACCAGCGUAGCUACCUCAUGGCAA